ACAGGACAAUCUGAAAUACAAACACAUUCUGCUUCUCCAUCUUCAGUCAACUUGCAAACACGUCCAGCACCACAGUGCUUUUUUUGACAAGGACCUAAUGAUUAUCAAAAAAACAUUCAAACAAAUGUGUAUCGGACGCAGAUAUAUGCAAUUAUGGAAAGGCAAAAAAGUGUUGUUAGUAGCAAAAUAUACUAGAGUUGAACGUGAAAGGCUUGAACACCCUAAUGUAUCAGAAAAACAACUGCUGAACCAAUUAAGUAACCAAGGUGCUAACUUGAAAACUAUUUUGGAAUCGCAUAAUGAACACUACAGUAUUGUAAAAGAGGUGACUGCUGCCAUUAACCGCUUGGAUGUUGAAUCGAAAAUAAUUAAUCUCAAGGAUAUUAAUACUGCAGCAGUAUCUUGGGCUGAUGUUCUGAUUGCUAUCGGUGGUGAUGGAACGUUUCUGGUUAUGUCCAGUUAUGUUCAAAAUAAUCAAACACCAGUUGUUGGAAUUAAUUCUAAUCCAAGUUCAUCACUUGGUUAUUUAUGUUUACCAGAUAUUUGUUCCCGAAAUAUACAGAACACUUUUGAUACAUUAGAAAAACAAAAUUUUUUUUUUAUUGACAGAAGAAGAAUUAGAGUUUCAAUGAAAAGUACCAAAAAAAAAAUGGAACCACCAUUAAAUAUGUAUCAAGAUUUUGUUAAAACUAGGCCAGAUUCUCAUUCAUCACAUGACAUGUUGGCACUUAAUGAGGUAUUUAUUGGUGAUAAAAUGCCAGGACGUACUUCUGAAAUGGAGUGCAAAUUUGAUGGUAAUAUGCCCAUAAAAAUAAAAUCAUCAGGACUGUGUAUAAGUACUGGAACUGGAUCAAGUGCAUGGAGUUAUGCAUUAAAUAAAAUUAGUGCUAAUGAAAUUAAAAAGAUUUUAAGUCUCAAAUUUUGUGAAGUAUCAGAACAAGAAUGCAUAAAAAUAGCUAAUGAGUAUAACAAAAAUCUAGUUUAUAGGCCAGAUUUAGAAUAUUUACAGUACACUAUAAGAGAACCAACAGGGAGAUCUCUUUGGCAGUCAAAUGAUGAAUUAAUUAAGUCUGAUAAAAUAAAACAGGCUGAAGUAGAAACCCACUGUGAAGAAGGAUGUAUAAUACUAGAUGGAUUUCUAAUAUAUGUUUUUCCUAAAGGUACAAAAGCUAUUUUAACUUCAAGACCUGAAGAYUCAAUUAAGUCAGUAAUGAUUAAUGUAGACUAAAAAAUAAUUUUUAUACAGUUUUAACUAUUCUCAAGAUUGUGAUAUUUUA